UGUUCUGUUGUUUCAGGGUCUCCGUACUACGACAACGUGAGGCCUCUCUCCUACCCAGACUCAGACGCUGUCCUUAUCUGUUUUGACGUCAGCCGCCCUGACACACUCGACAGCGUAAUAAAGAAGUGGAAAGGGGAGAUCCAGGAGUUCUGUCCCAACACCAAGAUGCUCCUGGUGGGCUGCAAAUCAGACCUGCGCACCGACCUCUCCACGCUGGUGGAGCUAUCCAAUCACAGACAGAUGCCUGUGUCAUAUGAUCAGGGUUCCAACAUGGCCAAACAGAUCUCAGCCCCCUACAUCGAGUGCUCAGCCCAGCAGUCAGAGAACAGCGUCAGGGACAUUUUCCACGUGGCCACCUUGGCCUGCGUCAACAAGAACAACAAGAACGUCAAACGCAACAAAUCUACCAGAGGCAACAAAAGGAUCUCGCACAUGCCCACUAGGCCCGACCUCGCGGCGGUAGCGUCAGACCUGCGGAAGGACAAAGCAAAGAGUUGCAGUGUCAUGUGACCUGGUGGGCAGGGUCACGACCCUCAGCAGUGGGUUUGUAGGCUGGGAUUGAAGCAUGCAGUGAGGACAGGGGUUAAAGGUCAGAGCAUAGUGCAUUCUGGAACAUUAGAGGGUGAGGCCCUUCCCUUCCUGCACUUUAAAGCCCUUGGCUUGCUGUCCUGGGGUGGAGUUUUGUAUAUGCAUCAUACAAUGUAAAUGUAGAUGAAAUCCACCGUAUCAAUGACAACACAAUACUUUCAGUGUAGCCUGUCUGUCUACCAUCCAUCUCCCUUACAUAUCUUUUACCAGAAGAGGAAGCUAUCUCUGCUUUGGGCCAAUUAGCUGCCUUCCUUCCGGCGUCCCGGGAGGUAGUAACACUGUUUCCUCUUAGAGCUGGACGAGGAAGUGGUCAUGGCCUUUCACAGGAAAUUAGCAUUUCCACAGGAAGUGAUGUCACGUAGGAAAAGUUGAACGAGUCCCGGACAUUUUUCUAAGGACUUCAGAAAGGAUGUGAACAAGAGAUCCACGCUGUACAUGUAACUGUAAAUGAUGAUUGGCUCACCCCCGUCUGUACAGCUCACCAUGAGAGACUGCAGCGGUGCACUCUGGAACGCUGAAGACGAGCGGCCGUCUUGCACUGGAUCAAAGAUCUGGAGGUGACAUGACACUGCGCACGCAGCACAUCACCGUGGUUUCCAUCAGCUUGUUUGUUUCUCUUCCUCCUUCUUGUGGUUGCAAGUCAAGUGUUUCCUGACCUAAUGGUCCUGUUGUUCCAGUCAUGUCUUUCCUGGAUUUUGUAGAAUUUACUGUAAGCCCAUAUGAUUUAAACCAAUGACCGUUGACAUGCUAGGACUUCUGAUGUGGUUGGCGUAAUGAUAGACAGGGUAUUGUGAUGCUGAACAGUUUAUGGACGUGCCCUUUCAGCUAUGCAACACCUUGUCAAUCUGCUCUCAGCAAGGGAGGGGAACGGAAUUAACAAAUGAAGCAUGACUUUGGUUGAAGGACGUUGUUCACUGGAUAUGUCUAAAGUAUAAAUGCACUUUUUAAAGAUCAAGGCUUCGCUAAAAAGCGCCAUGAAUUCUGGUAUAUUCCAAUGCCUUUAUUAAACUGUUUUCAGAACAGCUUCUCCUAGAGCAGUAUCAUCAGCUAGCCUGCUAAGGCUUUCUGUUUCUGACAUGAAUGAACAGAAAGAAACGGUUGUUUGUUGUGUUUUGUCAUUAGGUCAUAUCCCUUUUUUAAUGUAAAUGUUAUGUCUGUGUCCCAUUGAUGUUGCUACAAUAUUUAUUGAAUUAUAUAUUGUCCCUUUCAAAUAAAAGCCUUUCAAAAUUAAGAAAAAAAACACA